CAUAUGCUUUCCUUGCUUAUUUACAUAUUUUACGCUUUUUUUCUGAGCUCUUUGCCUGCAUGGUUUAUACAAUCCUCCCAACAGCCUUGCGAGGCAGGCUAGGGGGAGGUGAAAACAGUACUUAGGCAUUUUAUUCCUUAUCAUAGCCUCAAAUAGAACCUCCAGACAAAGCGGCAAUCUAGCUUCAAUCUCUGCGUUUCAUGGAGAAGAAAUGGGUGACGGUGGGAGACACGUCCCUGCGGAUAUUCAAGUGGGUGCCUGUUGCCGACAGCAAAGAGAAAGAGAAGUCCAAAACCUCCAGCACUCCUGCUUCCCGGGAGCAGAACGGCUUCCCAGCCGAAGAGGCAGCCAACUCUUCACUCCUUCUGGAGUUCCAGGAUGAGAACAGCAACCAGAGCUCCCUCUCGGACACCUACCCACUCAAGGCGGACAGCAGCCUGGCCUCCAGCCCAAGCCCCCAGCAGAGUGAGUCCAUGAGCCCCAGCCACGCCUCCGACUUCCGGGCUGACGACUCUCAGCCGCCCACGCUGGGGCAGGAGCCCUUGGAAGAGCCUGCCCUUCCGCCCUCUGAAGUAGCCGAUGAGCCUCCAACUCUCACGAAGGAAGAGCCGGUUCCACUGGAGGCUCAGGUAAGGAUGGUGCCUGGCACAGAGGAGGAUUCCGGCGCGCCUCCGCUCAAGCGAUUUUGCACAGACCAGAACGCCACAUGCCAGGUGGCCUCUGAGAGCUAGCCAGCUCGCCCGCUUCUGCCCCUUCCCAAGAGUCAGCCCGCCCCCAGGAUGCCACUCUGUCUCAAAGUCGGCAUUCUCUUCCACCUCCUCUCCCCUCCAAGAAUCAACUUGCUGUUCCCACGGCCCUUCCAAAGGCCGCAUUUCUCCCCCUACCACCCCAUGCAAUAUUUUCCCGAUGCCCCUCAGAGCCAGCCGGCCACAUCCUCCCAAUCCGCACGCCUAAAGGACAAGGCGUUGCCGGGGCUUCUCCUGUCCGCUUUUUAAUUUGCCCUCUUUGUGGCUCCGGGGACGACCCCUUGGGAGGUUUCCGUAGGGAAAGAGGAGUUG